GGCGGCACUGCGGGUCCGCGGCUCGGGCAGCUCGGUCGGCUCGGGCAGUUCCGGCUCUCUGCUCGUCCUCUGUUCCUCCCGGCGCCGGCGGGGUCGCAUUGCCGCCCGGCUUGGCUCAUGCUGAGGGCCGCUCCUCGCUCAGCUGCCGGCGGCGGUGGCAGCACCAGCAGCAGCAGCGGAGAGACGAUGCGCGAGUACAAAGUGGUGGUGCUGGGCUCGGGCGGGGUAGGCAAAUCCGCCCUGACCGUGCAGUUCGUGACCGGCACCUUCAUCGAGAAAUACGACCCCACCAUCGAGGACUUCUACCGCAAGGAGAUCGAGGUGGACUCGUCGCCGUCGGUGCUGGAGAUCCUGGACACUGCAGGCACCGAGCAGUUCGCGUCCAUGCGGGACCUGUACAUUAAGAACGGCCAGGGCUUCAUCCUCGUCUACAGCCUCGUCAAUCAGCAGAGCUUCCAGGACAUCAAGCCCAUGCGGGACCAGAUCAUCCGAGUGAAGCGGUAUGAGAAGGUGCCAGUCAUCUUGGUUGGAAACAAAGUGGACCUGGAAAGUGAACGGGAAGUUUCAUCCAACGAAGGCAGAGCCCUUGCUGAAGAGUGGGGCUGCCCCUUUAUGGAGACUUCUGCUAAGAGUAAAACGAUGGUGGACGAACUCUUUGCGGAAAUUGUGAGGCAAAUGAACUAUGCUGCGCAGCCGGACAAAGAUGAUCCGUGCUGUUCUGCAUGUAACAUACAAUAGCAUUCGCAUAUGGCUAUCCUGGACAGGACUUGCCCGAUAUGGUAGGCGAUCCAAACCUCGUCUACUCUACUGCGGAGUUUGCAGGAUGUGUGGUGUGAAUCUAUAGUGAUAUAGCACCCCUUAUUCAGAAUUGAGCAGUGAUUGUCAAUUGAUAUCUCUGAGUAAUAUUUGGGUUCUGUAACUACAGCUUUCACCAUUGUCCUCAGUCUCCUUUAUACACCUGCAACUUUAAGGCAUAGCCAAUUGAUCUUACAGGGUGAUCUCAUUUGAAAGCUAUGAUGGCAUUGUUGCCGUCAGAAGCAACUAUUGCUUAGGUUAAAAAUAAUCUUGAGGGAGAAACCAGAAGAACUACUAUGAUCAUUUACAACUAAAAUAUUUUGUCUUCUUUAAAAGAAAUAAGUAAAGGAGUAAUAUUUUCCUACAUGAGUACGGAGUUUCAGGAAUUGGGAUACUGCUUCUAACCCUUUGUAUUCUGACAAGUAAGAUAAUAACAGCUGACCUGCCAACAGGAUUCCUGGGAGAGAUUUUUGCUCAGCUGACUUACGUCUGUUUUUCAAAACUGAUGCUUAAUUGUAGAUGUUAUCCUAAUUUGUGACACAGAACUAACUCAUGCAUCAAUCCUUGAUAGAGAAAAAACCAAAACAGGUUAUGUAAAAAUACAAUCUUACUUUAGAGUGUGUUAAAUCACCUGCUUUGCCACAGAAAACGGAGGCUCUCACAAGGGUUUGAUCAUAAUUAAAACCGCAGACCCACCCUCUGUUAGCCAAGCAGGGAAGGUCUUUAUUACUUUACUGAACAAGAAGGAAGCAACUGUGAUUAAAAGAAAUUGCCUAGCCUUACUAACAAGAAGCAUUCUGGUAGAUAAACUAGUACUAUCAUGUAAGGAAAAUGAAGCCAUGUUGCAUCCAGAUGUUCCUGUUUGCAGAAACUUCACAGGACAGUAAAAUACCUUGCAUUUUUACAUUUGUCAAAGCAGCAAAUUCCUUCUUGCCUUUAAGGGCUACGGUUGUGGUGUGAUCCCUGGCUAGCCUGCUUUUGAAAUCAAGUUUACUAUAGCAGAGCUGCAUUUCAGGCAUUUUAAAAAUUGAAUAACCAUGUGAAAUAAUUUGGGUUUAAAAGUAGAACAUAAAUUAUAGAGUGGAAGGUGAAGGACAAAAGGCCUUUUAUCUUUAAUUUUCCUGGAGAGUUAUAUAAAGGUUUUCUUAUAACAAUUUUGCCCUGAUUACUGAAGUAGCACAUAAAGCUAGAGUGAACACUUUGUUUUGAAAAGGUGCUCAAGCUCUGACAUUUUUGGUUUUCAUGGCCGUGAAGUAUUUAUCAUUUGCAUGACUAAUGGCACAGGAAAUACCUAUUCAUAAGUUUUACAAUCAAGUAUAAAAGGAUUUUCAACUAACUUCAGAGUCAUAAAUGAUGAAGAAAUUUCUUGAGCUGGACCUCUAGAGAUAAAUUUGGCCUUCAGAACUGCAAUAUCACUGAGCCUGUGAUCUCCAUACCACCCCACAUAUUAUUGGUUUCAGUCUUGUGCAGGUGACCUCUGGUCUUACGUAUGUAACUGAGAGAAGAGUAUAUGUUUGGGUGUGCAUGUGUUUUAUUGUUUCUAAGAAUGACACAAGUCAGAAAUAAUUGCCUCUAGUGAAAAUCUGUACUGCAGAAAAUAGUGCAUCAAAAACAUUUGGGGAUUUUUCCUUUUAAACUGUUUAAAUGUUUUUCAUACAUCAUUGAAAUCAUUUCUAGCCACCUAGGUGUUUAGUAAUUGGCAUUAAGCUUAGAGAAUAGAAAAAAAGGUUGGUAGCUAGUACUUUUGUGGAUGAGAAAACUGAAGAGAUACGUAGGUAACACCAGGCUGUGGUUGUCAAAAAUCUUUGAAUUGUGAAUAUUUAUAUUCUUCAAUAUAAUUUCUACAGUUCUCAAUUAUGAAGCACCUUGUUUGUAGAGCAAAAAGUUUUAACCAAAUUUAUUGAAACUAAGUUCACUUAUAUGUAAAAACUGAUUUGACUCAAACAUGUGAAGAAAUCAAAGAUCCAAGAAGUAUGAUUUAUCUACUGAAGUAGAGAUAUUUGUUAGUGAAUCAGUUGAAUUUUGAAGCCUCUAACUUCUCAGAAUGAUUCUAUUUUUUAAAAUUCCACAUUUAAUAGCAAUAUGUGACAACUAAGAUUGCAUAUUAGAAACAUCUAUAAAGAUUCCACAGCUUUAUGUUAUGAUUGCUAUGCAGACAUUAAAAAGAAGUAAAAUAAUAUGAAAGGUAUGGCAAAAUGUAAGGCAGAAAUGAGUACCUAAAAUUUUAGUUUUAGAUAAAAAAAAGUUUGUAUCAGAAUACGAUGGGCUUUUAAUGUAAAGAUGUUAAUGAUAACUCAUUUGGCUACCUGAUCAGUGUUUCCACACAGCCCUACAUAUUUAGUGACAAGGCAUCACAAGACAUCCAAAAAGCAUAAAUCCUUUUGUGCUCUUAUUAUCGGUAUUUUCACCUGGUAUGAAUAUAAUCCAGCUUCAAUGAAAGCAAUGUGUUUAUGGAGAUGUUAUAAAAAGAUUAAGAACAGGAAGAUUAAAUUUGUUGGCACAUGAAAUAAUAGUGGCUCCUGAGGAAAGUUGGUGACCUUGGGUCACUAUUUAUUUUAUGCCCUGAUCAGACUAGCAACUAUAGAAGUGAAAGUUUUUCUAACAUGCCUUAAAAUUAUUAUGGUUUGAUCCAAAGACCCACUUUUUCUUUAGCUGUUGUGAUAGGGUUUUGUUUUACUUUUAUACAAAGGCAACAUUUUAAAAGUUGUUUUUUUUUUUCCUUUUAAUGUGCAACUUUUGAUUCUUUUAAGCUGUGAUAGUGAUGGUAACUGAUGCCUUUCAUUUUGGUCAAUUUACGUAAAACAAGCCAGCAUCUGAUCAAAAGUAUUACAUUAAAUCUUUCUUAAUUGUUGAAGGGUGCUUUGAAGACUUUCUCCUUUGAUUUGUAGAAUUAGAAAUGAAUUUUUGAUUCCAGUUGUUACAGUUGCCAUCACUUUUCUGUGAUAAAACUACUGAUAUUUGCUUUUCUAUAUAAAGAAAUGUUGCCUAAGGAUGUCCGCUAUAUGUUCUCAAGGGUUUCCGAGUAUGAAUGUUGUCCAUGCAUGUAUGAAUAUGAAAGUGUUUAUUAAAUUGUUGUUGGUGGUAGGUUUUUGUUGUUGAGCUUUUUUGUUCUUUCCUGUGGUCCUGUGUUAGCACUGAGUAAGCUUUAAUUGUGUCUUCUUAGCCAAUCAGAUGUUUCAAAUGUUAAAGACUAUGGGAGUAUUUUUUUUUUUUUAUAACAAGUCAUUGUGCAUCUAUUAAAUCUUGAUCAGGGUUUCAAGAAUGACUGCAGUGGGUUUUGGAAACAGACUUAUCAUUAUUGAUUUGGGGUUUCCCAGAGAUAAAUAUAGUUCACAGUUAAUUGUUGAGCUCUAAUACAACUGACCAUUUAAAAUUGAACAACAGUUUAUUGUUUUGUCACAAUGUCAGUUGUUAAACAUUGACAUUUCAAUAAAAACAUGAAUUGUAGUUAUAACUCAAUGCAAAUUCAACAGUUGUAUUUGGAGUUAAAUUAUUUUAACAAAUAAAUUUAUUUAAUGAAA